AUGGAUGAAUUGAAACGAAGGCUCUUUCAAGGUAAUUUCCUAUUUAUUUCGCUCAUCAUUAUUGAGCUGGCAACGGUGGACCACACGGCUUACACGGUGCGUCUAGUCUCCGAUCCGAGAAGCGAAAAGUAUGGCCAGCACCUUGAUCGGCGACAAGUGUCAAACCUGCUCAAAGCCUCUGAUGAGGCGACGGAGAUUGUUGAGACUUGGCUUCGCGCAAAUAACAUCACCAAAUUCACGAAAUCCACAGCAGGUGACUGGGUCAGAGCCUCGGUGCCGAUUCGCCAAGUGGAGGAGUUGCUCCAAUGCCGGUACUUUGAGUUUGAAAACAUCCGAGACGGCACAAUUCUCGUCCGGACCACGGAAUGGUCGCUGCCCGAGCACGUCGCCCCCUACAUCGACGUCGUCCAGCCCACCAACGCCUUCUUCCGGCCCAAGCCCGCCAGCCGCUACGGCGGCCCGCCGCCUCCCGACUGGGAGCAAGAGGGCCGGCUGCCGACCUACGCGGAGCUCGUCGAGGAGGACCUCCUCGACCGCGGCCACCUCGACGUGCCCAGCCUCGACGAGCUGCCCACCAACCCGACUGUCGACGACGCCUGCAACCGGCUGGCCGUGACCCCCCUCUGCAUGCGCGUCCUCUACGGCACGCUCUCCUACCAGCCGCAGUCCGUCGCCACCAACCGCAUGGACAUUGUCAACUUUCUCGGCAACAACAACAACCGCUCCGACAUCCGGCUGUACCUUGAAAAGUACCGCCCCGACGCCGCCGCCGCGGGGGCGGCGGAGUCCUUCGAGACGGUGCUCCUCGCCGGCGCCGAGGACCAGCAGACGCCCAACACGGAGGAGCAGUUUGACCGGCACAUGGGCCUGGAGGGCGCGCUCGACGCCGAGGCCAUCCUGGGCAUCGGCCACCCGACGCCGCUGCGCGCGUGGAGCGUCGGCGGAAGGCCACCUUUCAAGGCGAGCGCGAACAAGCAGAGCAACGGCAACGAGCCGUACAUGGAGUGGCUGGGCCACGUGCUGGAGCUGGAGGACGGGGAGCUGCCGAGGGUGGUGGCGGUGUCGUACGCGGACGAGGAGCAGACGGUGCCGGAGGCGUAUGCGCGCCGCGUGUGCGCGGCGUUUGCGCAGCUCGGCGCGCGGGGUGUCAGCGUGGUCGUGGCCUCCGGUGAUGAGGGGGCCGGUCCGGAGGGCGAGGGAAGGUGCGUGAGCAACGACGGCGAGGGGAGGCGGCGCUUCAUGCCGGCGUUUCCGGCCUCCUGUCCGUGGGUGACCGCGGUCGGCGCCACGAGGCACUUUGACCCGGUCAUGGCGGCCUUUGACGGGCGCUCCGACUUUGUCACCGGCGGCGGGUUCAGCGAGUACUUUUCCCGCCCGGCGUACCAGGACGCUGCGGUCGAGACGUACCUGGAGACCAUCGGGGACCUGCACUCCGGCCUGUACAACCCGGGCGGCCGGGCGAUCCCGGACGUGUCCGCCCAGGGAUACCACUACACCAUCAUCUACAACGGCACGGCGCACCUGCUGGACGGCACGAGCGGCUCGGCGCCGACGUUCGCGGCGAUCGUGGCGCUUCUCAACGACGCGCUGAUCGCGGAGGGCAGGCCGCCGCUGGGAUUCCUGAACCCGUGGCUGUAUUCGGCGCGGUCCGGGCUGCGCGACGUGACGCACGGCGCGGCCACGGGGUGCAAUACGACGGGGUUCCCGGCGGUCGAAGGGUGGGAUGCGGCGACGGGGUUGGGAACGCCGUGGUUCCCGGAGUUGAGGGAUUUGGCACUGGCUAGAUCAUUUCGCUGGGAUCAUCCUUGGUAUAUUGCAGCAUAG